AGUAGGUUAUACCAUUUCUUGACCUUUGACAUUUUCUGUUCUUGACUUUGUACCCUUUUAGAGUGUAUGAAACAUGAUCCUGAAGUGAGCCGUGAGAUGGAACAAAGUCUAACAAACAUGUUGAAAGAUGAACUGAGGUUAAGUGAAGAAGAAGCUCAGGAAAAACAGCAACGUGCAGACUUGGCGCUGUUGGAAGCUAAGAGCAUGACAUCCCAGUAUCAGAAAGAGGCAGAGAAAUGCGAUUCUGGAAUGGAUAGCUGCGAGGCGGCAAGGGAAAAGGCUGAAAAAGUAGUGGGAGAACAGAGGAAACUUCCUGCAAUAUGGGAGCUUAGGGAUCGCGAGAGAGAAUGGAGAGAAGGCAUCAUUAGGUCUCAGGUUAAUCAAAACUUCGAAUAG